CACGAGUCCCAGGUCAGGUACACAGAUUUAGUUUUGCCUUUACUAAUAUGGCCGCCUGUGAGAUUGUUUGACCUCACUCCCAGCAUGCGCAGUGUUGAGCCGCCGUCUUCCUUCCUACCGGCAGAAGCGGGAAUCUACAAAACAGCAGAAGUGUGCAUUGCAGAACGGAAUAAGCAGCAGUUAUCAUCAGGUUAUGAGGAAGACCUGAAGUCAGCUGACAGAACUACUAUGAUAAAUGGCAGUGGAAGCGGAGCUCACAUUGAGUUCAAGGGCAGCAACAAGCCCUCAAUGUGCUUUGGUCAGUCCCAGUAUACAGCAGAGGAGUACCAGGCAGUUCAGAAUGCACUGAGGCAGAAACUAGGGCCUGAAUUCAUCAGCUCCCGCCAAGCUGGAGGGGGACAGAAGGUUUGUUACAUUGAAGGACACAAAGUCAUCGGGCUGGCCAAUGAGAUGUUUGGCUAUAACGGCUGGUCCCAUUCCAUCACACAGCAGAAUGUUGACUUUGUGGAUCUUAUCAAUGGCAGAUUCCACGUCGGGGUCAGUGCUUUUGUGAAAGUUCAGCUGAAGGAUGGCUCGUUCCAUGAAGAUGUGGGGUACGGCGUGAGCGAGGGUCUGAAAUCCAAAGCCCUGUCCCUGGAGAAGGCCAGGAAGGAGGCCGUCACCGACGGACUCAAGAGAUCACUCAAGUGCUUUGGAAAUGCUCUUGGAAACUGCAUCCUGAACAAAGAAUAUCUCAUGGCUAUCAAUAAGAUUCCCAAACAGCCCCCAGCCCCUCUCGACCCCUCUGAGACGAAGCGCUCGGACGGCGAGCCCCUUGUGGAGAGGGCCCGGUACAGCAGCCUGCUCCAGGCAGAGAGCCGGAACUGCACUGGAGCCGUGACGGGUCAGACAACUCCCCAGAACCAACACAGAGCCCCCCCUGCGGAGGAGAGCAGAGGAGGGGUGCCCCCGCACUCCCACCCCCAGCCCAGAGCACUGGAGCCAAGGGGGAGCAGUGAGAACAACCAGCCCAGCCUCAGCAGGACUGUCAAUCUUGUGGAUGUCUCAGGCUCCGUAGGUCCGGAGGCAGACCCCAGGUACCAGAGAAAGCUGAGGCAGCAGCAACUGCAGCAGAAGUUCCGGGAGCAAAUGGCAGCAAAGAAACAGCAGGAGGAGCAGCAACAGAGAGCUCAGCAAGAACCCACAGCGCCCCCUUCUGAGCAGAGGCCAGGCAGCCACCGGCAGACAGUUAACCACAGCACCCCCGUCGGGGGCAGAGAUGAGGCUUUAGGGGACCAGUAUCUAGCAGAUGACCCUCAGAUGUGGGAUUUCCCCAUAGACAGCAGUGACAUUGUAGAUCUGCCCGCUGCCCCCACAACCCCCCUGGGCAGUCACCAGAUGAUGACCCGGAGCAAGACCCCCCAACGACAGCAAUUCCUGAGACCCCCUGUGAGACCCGGCCACUGCCAGCCCGGCUACAGCCAUGGAACCAGCGAGCACAGGCUUCUGCAGCAGCCAGCCAGUGACCAGAGAACAGUAGAACAUGGCAGCCCGUACAGACAAGGACAGCAUAUGAAAAAACGGAAACUGGAAACGACCUGAGUGAUUCAGAGCUGCAGCAGGCAAGGACGUUCGGAGGCAAGGUUAUGUCUAUUUACAUAACUACACUUUGUUACAGGCCAGCGUUUGAAUUUAUUGAUUGUGGUGAAGUUUCUGUUCUGCAUUAUGCAUCUUGUUGAAUGUUACUUUGCUUCGCAGCACCCCCUGCUGGUGUAGUUGUUGAAAUUAUUCAGGAGGAGCCAAGAACUGGAGUUAACCAGAAAGAGGGUAAGCAGGUGCCGGUCCUGAAGCACAUUGUACUGAAGGUUUUGAUAAAUAAAGUGCUUUACUUUGUUCCGUUUUAAUAGGUUGUUCAGCCCUACUAUGACCAUGGCUUUUUGAAGUCCAAGUAAUAAAUGCCACUGGUCUAAGCUUAUAUAACAAUGACAGUAAUCAUUUAAUUGCUUUAAAUCCUUACCCAGAACAAGGUGUUUGGUGCUUCCUUGCAAUAAUUUUAAACCAAUCAAAAGUCUUAGCAGUGGGAUAGGGUAGUUUUAUUGGUCAAGACUAUUAAAUUCCACCCUCAUAUCACAUGCACACUGGCACCACCUCAGAAUCGGUCAAAGACACCAGUGACUCCCCUUAUAGAGACAGGCUCAGUGACACUAAUGUUGGCUGAUGGUGCGUUUCACCUUUAUAGUAAACCUCUCUGGGAUUUGAAUACUCGCUUGGUAGAAGUGCUCCCAUUGUACUCAAAUUGUAAUGUUUUUUCCUCUGUUGUGAAUUGUAUUGUGUGCUCUUUGUUAAUAAUGUGUGUAUGAUUUAACAAUUAAAGAUUAAUUCAUUUUUUUCGAUUGA